GCCGCCGCCAUGGCCCGGCCGCUGGUACCCAGCUCACAGAAGGCUCUGUUGCUCGAGCUCAAGGGGCUGCAGGAGGAGCCGGUCGAGGGCUUCCGGGUGACACUGGUGGAUGAGGGCGACCUGUACAACUGGGAGGUGGCCAUUUUCGGGCCCCCCAACACCUACUACGAGGGCGGCUACUUUAAGGCACGCCUCAAGUUCCCCAUCGACUACCCUUACUCCCCACCAGCCUUUCGGUUCCUGACCAAGAUGUGGCACCCCAACAUCUAUGAGACAGGGGACGUGUGCAUCUCCAUUCUCCACCCCCCAGUUGACGACCCCCAGAGUGGUGAGCUGCCCUCGGAGCGGUGGAACCCCACCCAGAAUGUCAGAACCAUCCUCCUGAGCGUCAUCUCCCUCCUCAACGAACCCAACACCUUCUCCCCGGCCAAUGUGGAUGCCUCUGUGAUGUACAGGAAGUGGAAAGAGAGCAAAGGCAAGGACCGGGAGUACACAGACAUCAUCCGGAAGCAGGUCUUGGGGACCAAGGUAGAUGCUGAGCGGGAUGGGGUAAAGGUGCCCACCACGUUGGCUGAGUACUGCGUGAAGACCAAGGCCCCGGCGCCCGACGAGGGCUCAGACCUCUUCUACGACGACUAUUACGAGGAUGUUGAAGCUGAGGCUGAAGCCGACAGCUGCUUUGGGGAUGAUGAGGAUGACUCUGGCAAUGAGGAGUCCUGACACCAUGUCCCCCGCCGAAUAAACUUACAGAUUUUACCUCACCAGGCCCAGACUGUGUGGGCUCUAGGGCACCUCCUGUCGCCGAGACUACCUCAGGGAGGUGGCUCCGCUCUUGCGUUGUCUCCUUGGUCUCGCUUUCCUUUCCCCAUAUUUGUUCUGGGUUUUCCUGUGCUUCAGAGAGGAGGGGCCAGGCCAUCACAUCACGUCUCUGGGGCCCCAUUAGUGUUGGGCACCCGGCAGGCGAGCCUGAAGCCAAAGGUGGCCUGAGGGACCCGGACUCCAGCCUGUUCAACUGCCCCACUGGCUGGAGCCAGAGACUUGGGGUUCCAGCUCAUGAGUGGACGGAUUAACUUGUGGUCACCUCUUCUCUCUGUUUUGUUUGGAAUCUAAAUAAAACAACUUUACAAGAAGCCCAGAGAACCAACCUCUCCUUGGCCUCCCCAAGGACCAUGGGGGUACAGUGUCGAGGCCUGGUGCCUGCAACACCUAAGUGCAUGGGGCCCAGGGGCAGGCCCAGGAGCUGGGGGUGUAUUCUUGACAAUGUGGGCCCAAGGUCCUGAGCCCUAGGCUGAAAACGACCUGCAACUUUCAGCCCUCAGGUUCCACCCUGCUGCCUGCAGAUGCUACACACAGUUUCACCCAGGCCUCUGACUUUAUUUUUGUGUAACUAAAAAGCCUGGAGCAAGCUGGAUUCAGGGUUGGAUAGUGACAUUAGAACAAAGGCCUGAGUGAACCCUGGCCUGACUGAUUACUGUGGCCUGAGCCUGUAUGGCCAUGUGUAGGUGGUGGACAGGUGCACCCUAGGGCCCAGGCAAACGUAGAGCCUGCACACCUGCUCUGCUUCCUGCUCCACGAAUGCACCACAGCACUGGUGCCACAAAUACAGCUUUCACAGUUGGCCCUCACAAUUUUGUUUGUUAACAUGAAUGAUUUUCCUACAUUAAAAUGUGGAAAGUUUCA